AUGAUGGGCAAUGGAUUUAUCCACCAAGAAGGCCAAACUUCCGCCUUUGUUGUGACCGCGGUCGCGACGGACGAUCGUGUAGUCGGCACAGAAAGGGACCUUGGUGGAGUUACUCCACUUCGUCUCCCGGAUAGCCACUACAGCUAUGCUGUGCGAAAGCAAGAAUGCGAGGAGCCGGCCAAGAUUGCCGAGUUGGCCGUUAGCGUUGAACGGUAG